AUGUCCCUUCCCCCGGAAGUCGAGGCCUCGUACACGGCCAUCAUCGACGAUAUCCUGGCCCACAGCGAUCUCAACACCGUCUCCGCCAAACGCAUUCGCAAGGGCCUCCAGGCCAAGGUCGACUACGACAUCACGCCCCAAAAGGAUGCCAUCACCGAGCUGAUCAUGGCGCGCUUCGACAAGGCCAACAACGACCGCAACGCCGCACAGCCUGGCGACGUUGAGCCCGCACCCACCACAUCCAAUGGCCAGCACGAGAGCACUGGCUCUGCUGCAUCCAGUCCCUCGUCUUCGCCCUCCAAGAAGCGUGCAGAGCCCAGCGCCGGCGAAUCGGAUCUGUCAGACGUCGAGUCGACGCCUCCCAAGAAAAAGCACAAGAAGAGCGCCUCUGUCGAGGAUGACGCAGCUUUUGCAGCCAGGCUGCAGGCCGAGGAGAACGGGCGAGCAAGGUCUACACGGGGCGGCGGUGCGGGCAGGAAGAAGACGCCCGUCAAGAAGAAGACCGAAAGCCGCAAAAAGAAGAGCCGGGCCAAGGUCAAUUCCGACGACGACAGCGAGCUCGGCACCGGCGACGAGAAGAAGGAGGUCAAACGGACCGGCGGCUUCCAUAAACCAAUGACCCUGUCCGCACCGCUCUCCGACCUCCUAGGCGAGACCCAGCUCUCGCGCCCGCAGUGUGUCAAGAAGAUAUGGGAGUACGUCAAGGAGCGCGACCUGCAAGACCCGACCGACAAGCGCCAGAUUCGCUGCGAUGAAGCCAUGCGCGCCGUCUUCAAGCAGGACCGCGUCCACAUGUUCACCAUGAACAAGAUACUGAACCAGAACCUGUACGCACAGGACGAGUGA